AUGUCAAACUUGACGAGCGCGAGUCAGAACAUCUACCACAACCACAUGGGUUCCGCCAAGUGCCUCAUCCAGUUUUGGCCGUCCAAUGGCGUCAGGCUUGUCCGACGACGUCACACCAAAGAGGGUCUCAACCUGCUUGUGGUGCGGACCAAGAGUCGUGCUUUGGGGCUGGCAUCUCCCUUCCACGGCUUGAUAGUUUCGAAGUAA